GGCAAAACUCACCUCUAUAUAUCGGCGUCUUUUACUCUGUCCAAAAUCUUCAACGUAUUUUGGCCUUGGAAUUAUGCCUGAGGUUGUAAAUUUGCCUUCCAAAGCGGAACUUGAUGUUCCUGAAGUUCCCCUUACAUCAUCUGCAUUAAAAGCAGGUGCUCAUCACUUCGGAAGACAAUGUGACAAGGCAAACAAGGAAUUUAUGCUGUGCAGGGAUGAAGAGAAGGAUCCAAGGAAGUGUUUAGAAGAAGGAAGACAAGUCACAAACUGUGCUUUCAAAUUCUUCAAUCAAAUAAGAGCUCAUUGUAAUGAAUCAUUCACAGAGCAUUGGACCUGCUUAGAUUAUAACAAGCAAGAAUUCAGAAGAUGCCGUGAAACUCAAAAGAAAUUUGACACAUGUGUUUUUGAAAACCUGGGAUGGGUCAGACCAGAACUUGGAGAUAUGGGAAAGGUGACUGUUGUGAAGACUGAGAGACCUGUACCCGAAUUUGAUCUGAGACCGAUUCCUGAACCAACACCUCGGCCAGUCCCACCUGCUGAUCUUCCUGCUUCAAAGACCGGCUCCAAGUAUUUUUUCUUUUGGUAGUGGACAUAGACAACUUCAUCCACUUGGAUUUGUCAGUGUAUAGUUUUAGUAGCCAUGCAUCCAUCAGAAAAGGGAAAUCUUAUGGAGAUGCUGCAUGUGAAGUAGAACAUAUUUCUCUUUUAAAGAUAUAUGUAUUGCAGCACAGACUCGCAGCAUUUGAAACCAUUUUGGCACAAUGGUCAUUAUCACAAUUUUCCAUAGUUUUAUUUAUGUGAUUCUAAAUUCUGUGUUCUUUUAAGCAUGUACAGCAGAUUAUUGAAAAAAUGCCUAUGGAGGCUUUGAAAUAGAAAAAGCAAAUUUGCGAGUGCAUGGCAUAUUCAACUAGUGCCAUAUAAUAUAUGCAGAUUUGUGCAUAUUGUUGUCCUCCUUUGAAUGCUUAAGUAGUCCCUUUUCUGGUGGAUGAUUAAUGGUCAUCUUUGAAAUGUGAAUAAAUAGUAUUUUAUUGAAAAUGACACUGGUUUACAGUGUAAAUUUUAAGAGGAUGGGGGUAUAAUCUGCCAGUGAAAUGGCAGUCUUGAGAUGUGCCAUUAUGUCAUGUUUACAUAUUAUUACUCCAAUUUUAGACUUCAUGAAAUUAUUUUGCAUAAAGUUUCAAAGAAGAUGAAGGAUCAUUUCAUUUUGGACAUUAUUUCCUGAAGUUUAAUGGUAAGACCCUUAUGCAGUGUGUAAUAUAGAUUAUAUUGUAGACACAUCACCUUAAAUCAGUCUGUGAUUUCUCAGUCAAAACACUUUUGUCAAAUAUUGGCCUAUUUGUUGGCAAUAAACUGGAAAAAUGUCAAA